GCAGCAGCAGCAGCAGCAGCAGCAGCAGCAGCAGCCACAGCAAAGGCCGUUGCGCGGUAUUUCGAUAAUAAUUGCAUCUGAGCAACCAGCUAAGCCGGCAAGCAGCAACAUUGAAUGCGAUGAAAUGUCGCCAAAAUCACAAGCCAUGUUGUUGGCAUUUGGCGACAGCACCAACAACAACAAUAGCAACACCAGCAACAGCAACAACAGCAAUUUGCAGACGUCGCAGUUUGACCAUGCGAGCAGUGUGAAUUUAGAAACCAGUUGCAACACAGUGGCAGCAACAGCUGCAGCUGCAACAGCAACAAGUGAGCCAGCAAUAAAGUUAUAUCCACAGUUGCUGUUGCGCAUUGGCCAGACGGAGAGCGAGGCCGAGGUUAACCCAGCGAGCGAUGCUGCUGGAGGUAGUGAAAUGGCGCCAACAUCGACCAUUAUCAGCUGCAAUGUUGCCGAUGACGUUAGAAACGUGUUACGAGCGACAGCUGAGCAGCUGCAAUCUGGGGAAACUGCUGAGAGAGACGGCGAUGCUAGUCAGGUAGCGCUAGUCGAUUGGCCAACGGGUGCAUCGACCGAAACAGUUGGUCUCUGUGCGCCUCAGCACACGGUCAAGAUUCAGAUAGCCAACGACAGCGGCAACGGCAACGGUAACGGUCAGGGUUUGAAUUCGAGUCAAAGUCAGCCAGUCAGGCUGGGCAAGCAGAUAAGCGUGGUCAAAUUGAACGACAGUCAUAGCGAUAGCGACAUGGUAUUACGGCUCAAGCAACAGCAACUCGAGCAUCACGAGCAGCAGCAACAGUUGCAGUUGCAUUUACCCCUACAGCAGCAGCAGCAGCAGCAGCAAUUACAAACAGAAUCACAAACUGUCACAGCGCCCUAUCAGCUAUGCUAUUUGGUCUCCAGCGGACAGUAUUCGCCCUGCGAGACUUUGGACAGUGGCACAGGCAGCGAUCUGGAGAUCAUCAAGUCGCCCAGCAGUGAAACUAAUGUCACCAGCAACAUGAGCCACAUGAGCAACAUGAGCAACAUGAGCAACAGCAAUAAGGGCAACACUGGCGUGCCCAAGCUGGAACUGCACCUGAAGACGACGCGAAUCCGUGUGAACACCUCGAGCGGCCAGUCGGGCAACCAUUCUCGAGCCCACAGCCUGACGGACAGCAGCGAGGAGUGCGACGAGAGCAGCUCCUCGCUCAGCUGUGAUUCGCUGCACGACUCGCACGAGCCGGUGCCGUUAAUCAAGCUGGGCGCUUUGCUGCCCAGCUCGCUGCUGCGCGACAUACGGGACAGGGAUGCUGCGCGUGCCAUGAGCGACUUAGAUCAGUCGGUUAUCGCAACCAAAAUCGAUGGACGCCCCCUGCAAUACGAGGCCGAUCAGUACUACAACUUCCACGUGAACGAGCAUGCAAAUUAUCGGAGUUUUGGUCCAGUAAGUUGCAGUCGCAUGUCGCCGGAGUAUGAAUCCCUCAGUUUGCCUGGCGACGUCGACCAGCAGCAGCAGCAGUUGGAGCAGGAGGACGCCUUUGCCGGCCUCAAGGAUGUGCGCCGAUUUUCGCAGUCAUCCACCAUUCGCUCCUCCAAGGGCACCGUGCGCGGCGUCAAGAAUCGUGUGCGCAAUGGAGUAGCCACUUUCUUGCAGUUGCAGCAGCCGAACAUCAAGGUGAGUGCAUUACCUGUAAAUGAAUAUAUUAUUAUU